AUGGUUGCGCAUAGAGAUGUACCUUCCGACCCCUGCAGCUCCGCCCCUGUCGCGUGUUCAGGCCACCGCGAGCAUCCCAUCGCCGCUCCUUCAUGCCAACCGGUGAGCAGGUCCAAGUUUUGGCGACCCUCCACCGCCGUCCGUGUGUCCUCAAUGAUGCGACGAUCGACACCUUUCAGUGAACAACGGUUGGUUCCUUUCGCGAGCAGCAGUGGUGUCUCUGUCGUCGAGAGCUGGCAGCAGCACAGUUUUUUGUCGAUGAGCCCUUUUCUCGUGAGGGUUAAUAGAGAUGAGCCGCGCCGGAGAUUCCUUAUUGUCAGUUGGAUGUGCAAGAGUAAUAGUCGAGGCUGUUUUCUAUUCGAGAAGUCAUAG